CAUAACCUAUAUUGUUUACUAUUUAAAACUAAAAUAUGUUAUUUUAGAAAAAUGUUAAAUAAGAUGUUUCAAAUUUCUGUUUACAUCCUAGCUAUAUUAAAUAUUUCAGGCAUAAGUCCUUUCACAACUUAUCAAAUAGGCGAUUUUUGUACUGCUGCAAACGUGUCUUUAACAAGUGAUGUAGAAUUAAUGAUGGUAUCAGAAGAAUUAUUUAACAAGUCUUCUGAUGAAUUAUUCAACCAUGUGUAUAUAAAUUAUCAAGGAAAUAUGAGCUUUAAAAACUUUACUGAUAAUGCUCCACAAAGGUUGUUAAAUAUAUCGACCAAAAUAUUUUUAAUACCAACAAUAAGAUCUCUUGUAAAGUUAUUUGAUAAUUAUGAAUUGGAUACUUAUGAGCCAGAAGUCAUAACAAGGGAAGAAGAUCUAGAAGAGAAUGAAUUUAUUGAUAAUUUAAUGGAAACAGAUAUAAUUUCACAUGUUAUGUACUUUUUGUCAGUCAAAGGGUUCUUUAAAAAUGACAUGCGAGUUUAUAAAGAUAUUUUAAAACAAAUUUGGUUUCAUUUAUAUUCUCGGAGUAAAAAUAUAAAUGGUACUUCUGGAUUUGAACAUGUAUUUAUAGGAGAAAGAAAACCACGUAAAGGUAUUAUAGGGCUGCAUAAUUGGAUUUUCUUUUCCCAUGGAGAAUUAUUAAAGAAAAUUAAUUAUUUUGGAUUUGGCCAUAGUAAGGAAUUUGUUAAUAAAGCUGUCAUUUUAGAAAUAUAUUUCACUUAUAUUGGAAAACGUAAAAGGUCAUCCAUGUUCAUUGGAACCACUCCAGAAUUAGAAAUAGCCCUUUAUACACUUUGUUUUUUUACAAGACCAAAUAAAAGGUGUCAAUUGUCUUUUGGAGGAUUUAAAUUUUAUGUUCAGACAUACAUAUUACAAAAUAAUGGUACAAAGUUUAUUGGAACUGCUUUCCCUAUGUUUUCCUAUAUUGAACAUAAAUCAAAUAAGUAACCAAAAAAUAUAAAA